ACCCGUGCUGCUUCCGCCGCUCCUCGGAUGGUGACGGGGCCCCGCCGCGGCCGCAGCCCCCCCCGCGUCCCGGCUCCGCAGGCCCACAGCGCCGGAGCCCCGCAGGAAUCAUGCCCAGAUCCUUCCUGGUCAAGAAGGUCAAACUUGACACGUUCUCCUCGGCAGACCUCGAGAGCUCCUACGGGCGCGCCCGAAGCGACCUCGGCGAGCGACUGCAGGAGAAAGGAUACCUCGACUACGCGGGGCCUGCCUCUGUCUACGAUGGCGACGCCGAGGCGGCCCUGCUCAAAGGGCCGUCCCCGGAGCCCAUGUACGCUGCGGCCGUGCGGGGAGAGCUGGGCCCGGCGGCUGCGGGCUCGGCGCCGCCGCCCACCCCGCGCCCGGAGCUGGCCACGGCCGCGGGUGGCUACAUCAACGGCGACGCGGCGGUCAGCGAGGGCUACGCUGCUGACGCCUUCUUCAUCACCGACGGGCGCUCCCGCCGCAAGGCCGCCAACGCCAAUGCCGCCGCCCCCUCCACGGCCUCGGCGGCGGCCCCCGACGGCGACGGCGGAGGCGGGGUCGGGGCAGGCACGCGCGGUGCGGGAUCGGGGGCCGGGGGUCGGGGCGGCGCGCGCGCGGGGGCGAGCACCGAGGCGCGCGCGGGGCCUGGGGCCGGCGGCGCGGGAGGCCGGCACGCGUGCGGCGAGUGCGGCAAAACGUACGCCACGUCGUCGAACCUGAGCCGCCACAAGCAGACGCACCGCAGCCUGGACAGUCAGCUGGCGCGGCGCUGCCCGACGUGCGGCAAGGUGUACGUGUCCAUGCCGGCCAUGGCCAUGCACCUGCUCACGCACGACCUGCGCCACAAGUGCGGCGUGUGCGGCAAGGCCUUCUCCAGGCCCUGGCUGCUGCAGGGCCACAUGCGCUCCCACACCGGCGAGAAACCCUUCGGCUGCGCGCACUGCGGCAAGGCCUUCGCCGACCGCUCUAACCUGCGCGCGCACAUGCAGACGCACUCGGCCUUCAAGCACUUCCAGUGCAAGCGCUGCAAGAAGAGCUUCGCGCUCAAGUCCUAUCUCAACAAGCACUACGAGUCGGCCUGCUUCAAGGGCGCCGCCGCCGGCGGCCCCCCGGCCCCGGCGCCCGCCGCGUCGCCGCAGCUCAGCCCUGUGCAGGCCUAGGGCGGCGGUGCCUCCGCCAGCCGGGUCGGCUCUCAGCAAUACGGGCCCCCAGGGAGGUCUCCGCCGGCGAACAGGCGGAGGGGCCGGAGGGCGGGCCCCUCCUCACAGCAAUAGGGGGAGGGG